GUUUAUAAACCCGAUCGCUGCCCACCAGAACGAUUCAGUUGCUUUUUCCUCGACGCACCUAUCGUUCUGAACAGCGCGAGUUUCGUCUUCGAGAUCAUGAAAUCUUUCGUUGUAUUCGCGUUCGCGCUCGCGUGCGCGCUCGCCUUCCUCGACGAGACGUACGCCGAGCCGUCGGACGCGACCACCGCCUCCAGCAAGCAGGUGAAAGAGCCGAAGGAGAUCAAGGAGUCCGCGACAGCCUCGAAGGACGUGAAGGACGCCGUGAAGGCUGCCAAGGAAGCGAAGAAGAACAAGAAGGACUGUCAGAAGGAAUGCGGCACCGUUUACGACCCUGUCUGCGCUCACGACCCGAACGACGCCAACGUCAAGCCUAGAACGUUCGGUACCCAGUGCGCUUUGGAGGUUCACAACUGCGAGAUGGGCACGAAAUUGACGACGAAGCAAAAGGGCGAAUGUCCCGGAUCCGGCGGCGUCAGGCUCUCUUAGUCCCCCGAAGAAGGUUCGCGGCGCGUCCGUUCACCGUAGCGUUUCCGUCAUCCAGCUUUGUUCUUAGUUUUUUAGUCCAGCUAACUCGUCUUUUGUCGAUAAUAAAGGAAGAAAGAAA